AUGACCACGCCAACCGAAUCAGACGACCAACGAAAAAAAGAAGCGCUAGCAGCCUUCACAGCAACCCUCCACUCAGUGGGGACAAACCUCGAAGCGCCGCUGCGUGACCGCGCAGCAAAUAUUCAAUCGAACGCGCUCGCACUCGAACGCCAAGAAGCCGAGUUAGCGGAGAACACGGCACGACUGGCGCGGCAGAAUGAGCAGUGGGUUGGGUUGGCGGAUGAGACGAGGGAGGGGUUGAAGGAGAUUGGGGACGUGCAGAAUUGGGCGGAGAUGAUUGAGAGGGAUUUGUUGGCCUUGGAGGAUAUGAUGGAUAAUGUUGAGGGAAGGAAUAAGGAUGCAGAUGAAGAUGGGAGCCAUGGUGGGAGGGGAAAUGGGCUUGAGAAUGGGAAUGGGAAUGGGAAUGGGGAUUUAAAUGGACAUGUUGAUGGUAUUGAUAAUAUUGAUAGUGGGAAGAAGCCCGAGUCGAAGAGAUGGUUGCAAUGGUGGUGA